AGGUGCUCUGGCCCGACGCAUGGUUCAAACACCUUCCAUGGAUGGGAUAAGAUGAAGACAAGGGGAGACCCAUAUUCUGCCUGAAAAUUAGAAAACAUGUCGGAUCCUAUCUCACAGCUCGGGUCAUGGUUUGGCCAAGAGAGAAAUCAGAGCUUUGGAGAACUUCCGAGCAGGAGGAGCAGUGCACAGACAGUGGCGAAGGUGCCUGAGAAAGACAAGACCGAAUGCUUCGGUGUCGGGCUAGCGUUCGAGAUCGGGAGGGACAGCAGUCUGUUUGUGUCACAGCUGGACCCAUCAUGCUCUGCUGCUCGGUCAGGAGUGAUCCAAGUGCAUGACGAGAUCUUGAAGAUCGAUGGGGAGUUGGUCGAGAAGCAGUCCCUGAACCUUCUCAAGUCCAGGGUGCUGGGCAGGCAGGGCAGCUUCGUGAACAUGACGUUUCGACGCCUUACCGAUCGAGGAUUGUUCGUGUUCGAGGUUGAGCUGAUGAGAGGGGCCGCAGAGUUCAUCGAGAUCGUCAGCCAGUGCAAGCUGAUGACCAAGGAGAACAAGAAGCUGGUGGCUCAGAUUCGAGAGUCCGAGCUGACGGCUGAGUCACACAGGGAGAACAUGAUGACGAUGCUCAAGGAUCUGCAGAAGUUCGAAGAGAUUACAGCACAGUAUCAAGCUCUUCAGAGGAGGGCGGAGGGGGAGAACGAGCGGCUGUCCAAGGAAGUGGCUCAGCUCAGGCAGCUCCUUGCGGAUCGAGGGGAGCAAGGCGACCAGGACUUGAAACAGCGCGAGGAAGUAGAAGCUCGUCUGCUAGCGGAGAGGAAGGAGUUGGAGUUGUUCUAUCAAGGAAGAGAAGAGGAGCUCAAAAGAGAGGUUCAAAGCCUCCAGGCCGUCAUCAGAGACAUGCAGGCAGCAAGGGAGAGGAGUCAGCAGGAGCAGCAGCAGCUUCUGCAGCACGAGCAGGAGCAUCGAGGGCUCACCGCGGAGCUCGAAGAGCUGAGAACUGCGAAUAAUAAUUUGACCGCUAGAGUUGUCAAGAUGAAUGAGGAGAUGACGUCCAAGAGGCUGCAGGGGGCAGCUCGGGAAGAGCACAUGCUGGAUCAGAUCAGGCAGGCGGAGCGAGAGAGCUCGUCGUUGAGGAAAGAGAUCGAAGGAGUGAAAACUCAGCUGGAGUUGACGAGGUUGGAGCUGAAGGAGAAGGAGUUGGAGGUAGCGAGGAUGAACAGCGGGAGCCAGGAGGAGAUGAAGACGUUGGCCGCCAAGCAUGACAAGUCGCUGUCCAAGAUCGUCAAGUUGGAGGAGGAGAUCUGGAGCAAGAAGUCGGAGCUGCAGGCGUUCGAGCAGAGGAUAAGGCUUCUGACGGAGAAGACGGAGACCGUCGGAUCGGAGAGGGACGAAUGGAGGAGAAGGUUUACCAAUAUGGAGGAGAAGAACAAACACCUCAUGAUCGAGCUAGAAGCGACCAAGUCAGAGGCCAAGAGGACGGUCGCGGAGGUCGUCAAGGAAAAAGACAUUCACAUCUCCAGCCUCGAAGAGGAGGUGGAAACUCUGCGAGCAGACAAGGACAGGAUCAAGGUGCUCAGCAGCCGCACCCGCCAGGAGCUCUUCCAGCAGCGCGAGAGGACUGAGAGCCUGGAGGAGGAGGUGCGGCGGCUAGGCGAUCUGAUGCAGGAGGAGCAGGAAGGGAAGAAGAAGCUCUCGCAAGAGAUCUCCCUCCUCGUCCGCCAACUCGACGAGCUCCGCGAUCGCUCGUCCUCCAUGAUGGUGGAUGAGAGUCGCUCGCAGCUGGCUGCGAUGCAAGAGGAGCUGGCGAGAGAGCGACAGUCGCGUCAGGAGGCGGAGGAGAGGCUCCUCACUGCUCUCCUGGAACGAGAGGAGGUUGUUGAGAGCAAGGAUCAGGUCAAGGUGGAGCUGACAAGCAACAAGCAGCUGGUCGAGGCGCUUCACGGGGUGGGAGAGCUCCAGGUGAAGCUCUCAGAGGACAUCGCCAUCUUCCUUGAUAGCCUCGACCUCGCCCAUCAGCCCUCCUGGUCGCCACUGGAGGAGGAGCAGAAGAAGCCCUCCUGGUCCCUGUGGAGCUCGGAUCACUCCGCAUCUGUGCUUGAACUGCUGGGCAAGCAGGAGGCAAGCAUGCUCGUGCUCUCCAGCAGCCUCGGACAAGCUGACUCGUCCUGCGAACGACUCGCCCAGCUCACUCGCCAGCUGCACGAGUCCUUCGAGUCUCAGGGAAGCCUGAGAUCCACCGCGAGAGUGAGGCAGGAAGAGGAGACGGCGGGGGAGGAGAGGGGAGGCGAGGAGCCGUCAAGUAGUCCCAUGGACAGCUUGAACCAUGUUGGGGAGGGAGGAGAGGAGAAUGGAACGGAUGUGGGCGGGGUGGCGGUGGAGGAAUCGAGCGGCGCGCGUGACAGUCAAGUGGGUCGCUUCUUAGUUAACGGCUUCAAGGUGAAGGAGGACGAUCAGUUGAAGCCUGUUGUGGAGAUCCUCCGCUCCGUACCGAAGCGAGGAUGCCUGUGGAAAGGAGUGCGAAAGAGUUCCAAGCUGAAUUUCAGCGAAGGAGAGUCAAAUUGCGUGUAUCUGCUACCAGAGCAGGAAGAAGAUGAAGGAACUUGUGCUCCCGUCAGCAGCUGGCGGACUUCCCUCGAUGUAGAGGAAGAGCUGGAAGUGGCCGAGGAGGAGCUUGACCAGCUUGUCCGAGAAAACACUCGCGUGAAUGCAGGCUCUUCCUACAGCUUCUGCUGAGUCUUUUGCGCCUCCUCCAUGUUUGUCCUACCGGCAUACUAACAAGAAAGAAUAGUCU